CUGACAGUCGGGCCUCGCCGGGUCCAACGACGCUCGCUAGCAGACGUUGUUGGGUGCACACACUAAGUGUAUCUCAUUGACCGGUUGUGCCAUCCAAACAUCGUGAUGGCCGACCAAGUACGACCUGUUUGGACUCAUCCUAAAGCUGCACAUGUUCAGCAGUUGUUAUGUAGCUCUAUACGGUGACGUCGUGUUGCUGCCGGCGAAAAGAGAGGAGUUUAGAGAAUUUUCUGCUAAUCCGCCGGAAGUAGCAGGAUCACACGAAGUUUCGUAAAGUAGGUGACGUGCCUUUAGGGAGUGUUUGCGCUGUUGCUGCAAGAACGUGAUUUCAUGCAGGUUGACACAGUAAAAUUGUCGAGGCAGCGGUAACGGGUGUUCGAUUUCAGGACUGGUUGACUCAGUCACCGAUCCAAGUUGCGGGAACAGCGGUUUCCUUACCUUUUUCCUAUCAACGUCCUGAAGCGAAAGCUGUGUUCUAGAUGAUUUCUUCUCUCAGAAUGUGCAAACACAUUGUACGGAAGUGACCAACAGCCCAACUGCUGAUGUUUCUAACUAAAAUCAUUCUCAGCAAUAACAAGGAGCAUAAUAUCUACGUUAGUCCUUUAAUAAGAAAACAUUCUAGAUAAUAAUAGACCAUUACGACGGUAAAAAAACUCCGAAGUUUAACGCCAGACGAAUGGCGUUCUACCUUCGAUCAGCUGAUGCCGCUUUGUGCAGGAUCAACAACAACAACAACAACAACAGCAACAGCAACAACAGCAGCAGCAGCAGCAACAACAGUACCGUGUUCAUCUUCCUCUAGAAAAUACUGUUUAUAGAAUUGCAGCUGCUGCCGAAGGCCAGUUAUGCGCCACUGUAUCUCACCACCAUAUGCCCCUAGUGCGCUGUCAGAUUAUAAUAAGAACAGUGGUGAUGAUUAAAGGAUGCUUCGUGGUGGUGCGAGAAUCGAAUGACAACGUCGCGCACUUUAUAUAAACUGUGCUCGUCAUUUUGUGAGUGGUGGUAGAAGACGAACAUUAAGAUGACCUAGCUGUAGAUCGUCCAGCCGCCCAUGUUCGUCCGGCAGCUAAGACAGAGGAAAAAUGAGUUGACCUCUGCACUAAAGUGGAACGGCCCGCGGAUACCUAGUCGAAGAAUCUUGGAUAGCGCUGCUACAGUAACGGAAAUAGUUUAGGUACACUAUAUAUGCUGACUUCACUAAGUGGUCUUCAGUUGUCGCCUGACACGAGAUGUUUACGGUGAAGAGUAAAUAAAAGAGCAAAACAUGUCUAAACCCGUUGAAUGCGGGUGAAUCAAGUGGGUUUUGUGUAGUCGUCACAUGAAACCCAAUGAACUAAGUAAAGUUAAGAAGUUAAGUUAGCGAAACUGGUACUUGUUUUACAAUUUUGUGGCAGGGAUAUGGUUCCUAAGGACGCAGGGUAGGCAGGUACGAUUAGGGACCAGAGCCCCAUGUUGAACGUAGAUUACUUUCGAUGUGUUUAAAGAAAAGCAUAUUCAAAAUGGGUUUGGGCAACAAUUUUGUUCCACAGGAUGAGGUGGAGCAGUACGAUUACUAAUGAUUACUGUGUCGUUCGGUAAGAAAUUUCGAAGAGCGGUACUUGAUUUCAUGAAUGUUAAACGAUUAAGAAAAUAUCGAAUCGAGAAAUAUAUCUUUUUGUCAUUAUUUAACACUGAACCGUUCUACGUUGUAACGAACAGAUAAAACUAUGUUGGCGAUCAUUGUGAUAACCCUUUCGGUAUGGACACUUUUCAAUCUUCUCGACGUUCUUUUGAAGUCGUGUAUGGUAAGGCCGUAUCUCGACUACCUACGACACUACAAUUUCAACGUGAAGCUAUUUCGCAUACAAUGGUAUACCACAAGACUGAACCGGUAUUUUAACGCGGGAAUGCCGUAUUCGCGAAAACCACUGCAAUCACUAUGGUUCGAUAUUGGAAUCGUGGCAACUCUUAUACUUUGUCCGAUAGCCUGUUUCCUACUAACUCGAACUUUUGUCUCACUAUUGUGGGAAAUACUCUACGUAUCCGAAGGUGAAUCAAAGAUACUUUCCGUCGAGUCCGAUUUCCCAUCUGACGCCUCCUCCGGAUCAUCGGGGAGCUCUUCGUCAAUGGAUCUCACUCCUGCACUGCCCGGAAUAAAUUUACCGUUCUCUGAUCUUCCAUUUUAUAUAGCAACUUUAAUUAUAUGCAGUGUUUUGCACGAAUUCGGCCAUGCUCUAGCCGCUUCCAAAGAAGGCGUCCGGAUUAAUGGUGUAGGUGCGUUUGUCGUGGUGGUAUUUCCCGGAGCGUAUGUUGAUUUGCCAGUGGACCCACUGACAGCGCUUCCACCAUGGCGUCGCCUAAGAAUUUUGUGCGGAGGAGUAUGGCACAACCUUGUUAUUGCCGCUGUUGCCUGGGCACUCUUAGCCUCAAAUCCGGUGUUAUUGUCGCCGGUGUUCCGGCCAGGUGUUGCGGUCGUCUCAGUAGAUGGAUCUAUCAGCGAAGGUGCAGCGGGACCUGGAGGUCUUUGGCCUGGAGACGAAGUGACCGCUAUUAACCACUGUGAAGUCCGUAGUACCACUGAUUGGGAAUCUUGUCUCGGACAGUACGUCGCGUCUCGUUUAGAGGGCGGUUGUUUACCUCGAAAUUUUGUGCUUGGCGCAGCUGUAACCGCGACGAACUUCAGCGUUGGUGAUCAAAAGGGUUCAAAGAGAUCGUGUUGCUCACCCGGAGUUGAAUCAUCAACAGAUUUAUGUUUUUCACUUCAGCCUGAACUAAAUGCCCAAAGGGAGUGCCUACCGGUCCGACGCAGUCUACAAAAACUGAGUGUGCCCUGCAGAAAUUCUUCGAGUUGUGCUGAAGGUUCAGAAGUUUGCGCCACACCGAUUCUAGCUCACCCUUCACAUCGGCUACUCAUCAUAAAGCGCGCAAACGUUCGUCAGGAUAUGCUAUUUGUGGGGCCUCCCGAGGAACUCUGGAAGGCAGUGCGUGUCAUUCAGUAUGUACCGCGAGCAGGUCUUUCACUAGCUUCAUCCCAGACAAUUUACUAUUGGGAAACUCUGCUCAGGUACUUAGUUUCGUUCUCUGGGGCGCUCGCCAUCUUGAACGCGAUGCCGUGUCAUACUCUUGACGGUCAUUGGAUCGUGAUGGUAUUAAUUGAGCUUAUCUUGGGUCGAAGUAAUCCGUCGUUAAAUCGACAUGCUUAUAAUGUACUCACAUUUACGGGGACUACAUUAAUUGGUCUCACCGUUACGCUCGGCCUAAAAAAGCUCUUCUAUUUUAUGUAAUAGAUGUACACUUCAACGCGAACCGAUCUGAAGUUUAUAUCUAAAUUAAGAAAGCUGAUGUUUCAAAACCAGACGUACUGUAUGUUCAGCCAGUGCUCAGUACCAGUAUAAUGGGGUUUACCGAUAAAAUACACUUAUAUUCAUUAUAUUGCGACUCCAGGUAUCGAUAUGCAAAACUGGUUAAACCAUCACAUACGAUAGUACCUUGUAUAAGAACUUGGAGAAUAUAUGGUGUGUGCCACGUACUCAAUAUAUGAUUAACAGAAAUGGCUGUUUCUAUAGCGUAGAAGUACUCUUGUUGGUGUAGUUUAAAAUAUGUGCGCUUGUUGAUAAGCAAGCGGAGGUUUUUAUACGGAGCAUGGCCAGACGUUGAUCUAUUUAAACACUUUGUUGUUUAUCUUUCGCCUAUUUUUGUAUGCAAAUAGUCCCUACGUGUAUAUACAUUUAAUAUAUAUGUAGAUAUAUUUAUAUAUAUAUGAAUGUUGUGAUUUAUGGAAUGAGGUUUUUGUAGCUGAAUAUACCCAGAAGGAAAGUGACGAACGAACUUGAAUAAUUUCUGUAAAAUAGAAAUCUGCUAUAGUAAUUACAAAAAAAUGAACAUAAAAAAUAAAAUGAUUAAUGCAGUCGAAAAACUUUUCUACAGGUUGGAUAUAUUUCGUUUUCAUUGAAGCACCCCGCAGAACCAUGAAGUAAUAUUUUUGCCUUUUAGUAAUAUCUUAGCCUAGUUAAAAAAGCCAUACUUGUGUUUUAUAUGUACCCAUACGGUGAACAGGAGGCUAGUGCAAGCGUAGUCGGGUAAAAUAUAUCAUUUGUUGGAUUACUGUAACUGAUUUACUGGGGCAGGUGUCGUAUAUAGAAAAGAAAAUUUGAAAAGCGCCUCUGUCGUUUCGUGAAAAUGUCAUUUAGAGGCUUCCUUUUCUUCUGACACUUGGUCUCUGUUUUUGAUGCAGUCUAUAAAUCCUUUAAUUCUUUAACGAGCUUGAUGUAAAGUAUGGACUAUUUUUACCUCUAAAAGUUAGCAUAGAGAAGUUAAAAAAAAAAUUUCCGUUUAGUUACAAUUGAUAUUUCAGUACGCUUUUCUGUUGACUGGUUAGCAAUAUACGAGUUUAAAGAUGUGGGUUCCGCGGCACUCUGUAUAAUAUUUAUAUUACUGCGAAUUUUAUUUAUUGUAAGUGGCCCACCUGGAACUUUUUUGGCGCGGCUGUGUCGCUCUAGGCGUACUCUAGGCAAGUUGAGAAAAAGAAAACCAAUCAACAACGUAAAGAUGCAUGCUACAAGGCAUUAAAAAAAUAUCAAUCAGACAUUAAUCGGGGCUUACAUUACAUCGCUGUAACGCCUCGUCAUCAAUUUUCGCGGCCGUGCAAAAAAGCUUAUCGACGAAGUACUAUGAAAUCUAAUGGCAUGUCUUUCCAAGGCUAUAAUGAAAUAGCGAAAUUACUUACAUCUUCAUUCGUAAAAGUGGGUUCGUGUACGGCAAUUCCACCGGGCUCGCCACGACCGCAUUUCUUAGUGCUCUUUUCCCAACGUUCCUUUGCCUUCUUCUUAACUUCUUACCUAUUACCAAAGAACCAGUUCUUGCAUUAAGCAUGUCAUGAAAGCAGGUUUCAAAGCUAACUUACUGCUGUUCGAUUUGAAAUCUUCCAACAAACAAGGCAUGUAAUUGCCCGCCCACUGGCACAUACAUUCAUUUCGUCAGACUAAUAUCUUUUCGGCCUCGUUUAAAGUAGACAGAUUUAUUCCUUAAUUUAAAUUUAAGGACACCCGCGAUAUUUCAACGAACUAUCAAAUAAUAACUAUAACCGACUUUAGUAGGGAACUUUUUAAGAAAAAUUAUCAAAAGUCAGCAUAAGACUCACCUUUUCGAUUUAUUUUUUUAUCACUCUCGCAGUGUGAUUUCCCUCACUCCCACUCCUGAGAUCUGGCUCUUUGUGGUAUCUAUAGCUACAUCACCCGCUUUUGCGCUGGAGCUGCUUUUGGCCUCCUCUAUGGUCUUUAUUGAUAUCUCAAAGGCUAUUUACUCGAUCUGCCACGGUGUCUUCUGAAAAAUAAUUUUCUAUGAUGACUUUUCUCCUGUAGUUUUUUAAUUAACCGCUUCCUAACUGCAUGCAUGGCAACGCUGCUGAAUGAACUUGCUAACGUUAGAUGUAGCUAUGAUACACAACGCCAUUUCGUAAACAAUUCUAAAACGGAAUGCACGCUCUUUAAAGCCUCUUAAUAAUGCUCUAUCACCAUACUAAAUAACUUAUUUAACCUAGAUUUUUUAAUUAAAUUCAUCCGCGAAGUGUUUUGGCUUGACAAAGGCUAGACCUAGUUAAUAAUUUCGUUGAAUCAGCCAAAAAUGCUAUGUUUGCCAAAAUUGGUGUGUUAUCUUGCCCGCGAACUAGGCGAACUAUGUAUAUAGGUCGUUUCUUUAUUGAUAAUUGUGUAUGUUGUUGUAGUUCGGGGCUGGAUAUAUUUUCAUUAUUCAAAUAUGGUGUUAACGAUUCAGCGUGGUGCCACUUGGACUUUCGGAUAAAUAUUGUCGUGACUUAUCCCUGACUUUUCACUGAAGGAAAAACACGAUUGUUGUUGAUCCUCAAUAAAUAAGUUUACAUUACAAGUUAUGAUUGCAUUGUUUUACAAGAAAAUUGCUUAGUUACGAUACCGGAUACUCACAGUAGCCCGAUCCCACAUAGCAUAGGACGUCGCUCUAAAGAUUACAAAAUUCUUUCUUUUACCCUUUUUAACCUACGUAGCACGUUAUGUGAGUACAUUGUACACGGCCGCAAGUGAUUAAAAGAGCACUACCUGUCAUUCAAACGCUUAAACCGCUGCUCACUUUUUAGACAGCCGUAUCAGCAGUGCUGUUGACAUCACCGGCACGCAUCAGUGUUCUCUCUAAGCCGGCAUUCGUUGACGAAACGCUCCAUUUUUAAUAAGGUCACUGGGUUUUGCAAACGUCUCACAUUAGGGCCGUAUUCAUAAAUGCUAUCACGAGGUUUCGUAUGCGCUCGAUGCAUGGCAACAAAGAUUAGACUAUCUGGAAG